ACACACACACACACACGAGCGCGUCCACAGGAUCAUAACAACGAACAGAGUUUGUGAAAAAGGAAGACGAAAGCCCGAGUUCCGAAUUGUCUGCUUGUUUGAAUGCGCAUCUGUUGAUCUCCCGACGAGCAGCUUCUCACUUUCUGAAUUUUUGAUCGAAGCCAAGUGCUGAGGUUGAAAUUUCAGAAAUGACGGACACUUUAAUACCAAACGGAUGCGAGAGCAACGGAGUGAGCGAGAAUGACUACUUCAGAAGGGGCUGUAACCCGCUGGCUCAGACUGGCCGCAGCAAGCUGCAAAACCAGCGAGCGGACCUCAAUCAACAGAUCAUCAAACAGUAUAGAAUGAGAGCGGGGGCUGAAAAUCUCCUGGUGGCCACAGCCAACAGUAAAGUCCGAGAUAUGGUUAUAUUGGAGCUAAGCUAUGUGAACGCCAACCUGCAGCUUCUUAUGGAGCAAUUGGAAGGUCUGAACAGUUCAGUGGAGGUUUACCAGAAUGUACAAGAUUCAGCCAUAAUCCCUCUCGUUCCUUUGGGCCUGAAGGAGACAAAAGAUGUUGACUUUUCUGUACCGUUCAAGGAUUUCAUCCUCGAGCAUUACAGUGAGGAUGGCACACGCUUUCAGGACAAAAUUGAUGAUCUGAUGGACCUCAGAAAGGCAUGCCGCAAUCCAAGCCGUAACAAUGUGGGGGUCGAGCUUCUCGCCAGCUACUUCAGUCAGCUGUCACUCCUGGAGAGUCGCUUCUUCUCCCCCACCCGGCCCAUGGGCAUUUUCUUCACAUGGUAUGACUCUUUUACUGGCAUGCCAACGUGCCAACAGAAUAUUUCCCUGGAAAAGGCUAGCGUCCUGUUCAACAUGGCUGCUCUGUACAGCCAGAUCGGCAUACGCAACAACAGACGCACGCAGGCUGGCCUAGAGGACGCCAUCGAUGCUUUGCAAAAAUCAGCCGGUGUGCUCCAUCAUCUGAAGGAAACAUUUACAUACACUCCCAGCUAUGACAUGAGCCCAGCUAUGUUGAAUAUGCUGAUAAAGAUGAUGUUGGCUCAGGCUCAGGAGUGUGUGUUUGAGAGGAUCACUCUGCCUGGAAUCCGCAAUGAGUUCUUCAGCCUGCUCAGGAUGGCACAGGAAGCUGCCAAGGUGGGAGAGGUGUAUGAACAUGUACACCAGUGCAUGAUCCAGGUCCCUGUUAAAGACAAUGUGCCCUUUUUCUGGUCCACAAUGGCACAAGUGAAGGCCCAUCACUAUCGUGCUCUCGCCCAUUACUUCAUUUCCACCUCCCUAUUGGACCAUGAGUUAACCCUCAGUGAUAAUGAGGACAAACAGGAGAAAGCUCUGUCUCAGGCGUAUGACACUAAGCCUUUUGGGCACUCUACCCUUGAGAUCCUGCGAAAGAAACGGGAGCGGCGCCGUAUAGGUAAGGCUCACCUGAAGCGUGCCAUAAUGAAUCAAGAGGACGCGCUGCGUAACCAAAGCCUGUGCCCUCACCUCCGCAAGCUGGACAUCCUCAGUACCAUUCUUGAAGCUAGCCACAAGCGCUCACUCACAAAAUUUGAGCAAUAUGACACAGAAGAUGAGUUCACAGAUUAUAUGGAGGCACCAGACAUCAUCUCUAAAACUGAGCAGAAAGCAGAUCUGGACAUUCCUGCCACCACUAAGGUGAAAGUCAAAGACCUAUUCCACCAACUGGGCCCGUUGUCCAUAUUCUCAGCUAAACAGAGGUGGACUGCACCACGCACACUCAGGGUAAAGGCUGAGGACAGAGAAAUAGGUUUCACACUGAAGGGGGGUGCACCUGUCCAGAUCCAAUCACUUGACCCGCUCUGUCAGGCAGCUGCGGAUGGCCUGAAAGAGGGUGAUUGCUUGGUUGCCGUUGGCGACACGGAUUGUAAAUGGAUGGGCGUGAGUGAUGUCAUGAAGCUGUUAAAGGAUGUAGACGAAGAAGGCAUCGACAUAAAAGUCAUCAGCAUGAUGGAUACCAGCAUCCAGGCCAUGCCCACAAAAAGUGCCACAUUCUCAGGCGGUUUCCAAAAAACCUACUCCAUGAUCUGCCUGGCUGACAAUGAAGAAGACAAACCUUCAAAAGCAUGCAAAGUCAGCAAGAAGAUGUCAUUCCUCAGCUGGGGGCUGAAGAACAAGCAUAAGAGUGCCAGCACUCUGAGCCUCCCUACUGCUGACUACAAACCCUCCAUCCCCAGGUCCUUCCACGACAGUAGCCUCUACUAAACACACAGACACAGCGAACAUUGACCUGCUGGUUGUGGCACAGUGCUAUCAGGUACUAAGCGGAAAUAUAGUGAAGGAACAAAGACUUUUGCACAGAUCUUAGGACAGAUUAAAGAGUAAAUGUUUUUUUUUCUGCUGGCAAAACGUUUCUUGUCCUGCAAGUCAUUGUGCUCGUAUAGUUGAUAUGAUUCAAAUAUAAAUGGUUUUUGUAAAUCUAUAAAUAUAUAAAUGUGUUAGAAAUCUGUUAUAUUAUCUCCGCGUGUGCUAUAUACAGUAUGGGAGGGACUUUUAUUUUAAAACAUAAACAGUCCUACAGGGAACUAAUACUUUUGAGACAUAAUCUUGCUAAUAGUUCUGAAGAAGCCAGGAGGACCCUGUACUUUUACCAAUCUAGUGCUGCUGCUGUAAAUAUUCUUAUUUCACUGUAUUUUUCUAUGGAAGAAUCAGUGAUUUAUCGGUAGGUGAAGUUUAUUAAUCUCUCCACAGUUUCACACUAAGGAAUAAAGUCAAAGAUUUACUAAAGACUUUAGGCAUCACCGCCAUAGGGAACAUUUUUGGAGCAUUUGUAGAAGUAAAAAAUGUUAAAAUAUUACAGUAAGGUUAGCGCGAGGUGUAUAUCGGAGUGUUACAGUUUGUGUAAUGUGAAUGUUCAGUGGGUGUAUUGUGUAAUCUACCUGUGUAGUCGUCGUUUCUGUAUUAUAAACCAUGCCUUAUUCAUUUGGACGUAAGAGUAGACAGGAAGAUUCUGCCAGGACUCUGGUGGUACUUGAGUUCAAUAUAUUGCCAACCUUGAGCUCGAAGGAUUAAAGACGAACUUCAUUCAGCAUGGAAAGACUUUUUAUUAUUCUUAUUUUGAUGUAGGCUAACACCUGAAGUGUUAGAUGUAUUUCAUUGUCUACAGCGUAGAUACUUAUACACAUUUGAUAAUCAAAUAAAUAAAAUGCACAUAGAGGAAAAAGAUCUAGAAAUAUAAGUAUGUAUUCAUUCCUUAUUCAGUACGUAUUCAGUGAUCCUGUUCCACCAUGGCUAAGUUGCACAAAGGUGAUGCCAUAGGUGAGCUGAUGGAUUUUUUUUGUUUUUUGUUAUAUGUAUAAAUUUUAUGUUUGUGCAAUUAAGUAUUUGACUUCUUCACACUUCUCUCUUCUUCAAGUGACUUUUCUAGUGUUUUAUUUGUAUCAUUUUCUUUAUGUGUGUGCGUGUCUUGAUCGGCGUUCUUUUUCGACUGUGUAAUUCCCUUUAAAGUGAUUUUAGUCUGAACUUUUGUCUUUUACAUGUCACUGUCUCUGUGUACACAAGAGCUGCAAUAUCUAGACAUGGAUUUUUGGGAUUUUUAAUAAAAAUAAAAAGGAGUAUAAUGUUGGACGAUGUUAAGACCUCAUGAAAGGUAGUGGAGGUCACAUGCAGGUUGAUUAUGAUUAUAAUAGCACACUAUUUUAAAAGGCAUAUUUAUAUAUUGUGGGUCAAUUAUUAAUAUAUUAGUAACUGUAAAUGAGCCUUAAAGGGCAAACCUCCAUAAUGGUACUGUAUCCAGUGGGGUUUUGGCAUUUGGAUUUUUUUUUUUUUUGGUUGUGAUUCGUUUCGUUUCUUCGCUUUUCUGUUGCACUCUACUGUUUAUUCGGAGUGAAAGUGAGGCUCAUUUGGUAAUUUUAUUUUUUCUGUCACUUUGUUGUAUACAUGGAAUACCUGGAAUAAAAAAUAAUGGGUGAUA